AUGAAGCCAAUUAAUAUCCUGCUCCUCUGCUCCAGGCUCCUGCCAAGUUUAGCGCAGGAAGAAGCGCCAGAAAUGGACUGCAAUGAUGAGACUGUAUUUCAGGCUGUGGAUACUGCUCUGAAGAAAUAUAAUGCUGAGUUAAGCGGCAACCAGUUUGUGUUGUACCGAGGACUGAAGGCACUAAGAAGGUGGAGAUGGGCGCUUGAAACAUUGUAUUCCUUCAAGUAUCAAAUCAAGGAGGGCAACUGCUCUGUUCAUGGCCUCACCUGGCAGGACUUCUGGGACUUCAAGGACCCUGAGGAAGCCGCUACUGGUGAAUGCACAACAACUUUGGGGAAGAAAGAAAAUAAAUUCUCCGUAGCCACCCAGAUCUGCAAUAUUACUCCAGGUAAGGGUCCUAAGAAGACAGACGAGGACCUCUGUGUCGGGUGUUUCCAACCCAUACUGACGGAUAGCUCAGACCUGGAGCCUGUUCUCAAACAUGCCACGGAGCAUUUCAACAACAACACGAAGCACACCCACCUCUUUGCUCUCAGAGAAGUAAAGAGUGCCCUCUCACAGGUGGUGGCUGGCAUGAAUUAUCAAAUUAUCUACUCCAUUGUGCAAACAAAUUGUUCAAAGGAGGAUUUUCCUAUCCUCCGUGAAGACUGUGUGCCCCUUCCCAGUGGCGAUCAUGGUGAGUGUAGGGGUCAUACCUACGUGGAUAUUCAUAACACAAUUGCUGGCUUCUCACAGAGCUGUGACCUUUAUCCAGGAGAUGAUUUGUUUGAACCACUUCCCAAGAAUUGCCGUGGCUGCCCCAGGGAGAUACCUGUAGACAGCCCGGAGCUGAAGGAGGCACUUGGUCAUUCCAUUGCACAGCUUAAUGCACAGCAUAACCAUAUUUUCUAUUUCAAGAUUGACACCGUGAAAAAGGCAACAUCACAGGUGGUUGCUGGAGUAAUAUAUGUGAUUGAGUUCAUAGCCAGAGAAACUAACUGUUCCAAGCAAAGUAAAACAGAACUGACAGCGGAUUGUGAGACCAAACACCUCGGUCAAAGCCUCAACUGCAAUGCUAACGUGUACAUGAGACCUUGGGAGAACAAAGUCUUCCCGACUGUCAGAUGCCAAGCGCUAGACAUGAUGAUUUCUAGGCCUCCAGGAUUUUCACCUUUCCGGCUGGUGCGAGUACAAGAAACUAAAGAAGGAACAACUAGGCUCCUAAACUCAUGUGAGUACAAGGGCAGACUCUCAAAGGCAGGGGCAGGCCCAGCGCCUGAGCAUCAGGCAGAAGCUUCAACCGUGACACCAUAGCCUGGCAAAGACCCGGAGUGGAAGGACCAGAAGACUCCUGGGAUGUGUAGCAUGGAAGCGUGUUUCUUCAUCACCCUGAUCCUGGGUGAAAUAAAGUUCAGACUCGAUGCGUUCA